AUGACGCCAACUCUACAAGAACUUCAGGACGACAUUGACUUGUACCAGACAUUAUUGCGCAGCCUCGAUGACGACGCCCAAAGCAAUGGAGAAGAUCAUAGCGAUGAUAGAGAGUAUUACAAGACCAAGUUGAACGAAUUAAAUGAGCAGGUGGCAAGCCUAGCGUCCCGACCAGUACGUUCGUCUACUUCCGUCCUUCUCGACCUGCCUAGUCGCAAGAGAGAUCGUGGUGAGUUCGAUAAUGACUUGGACAAUCACCGAAUGAAAUCACGCAAGCCCACGCCCGCUGAUUCUCCAGCACUCUCCGGUCAAAGUCCAGCGCCCUCCAAUACUGGUAGUAGACGUGCCGAUAGUGUCGGUUCAGAGUUCUUCGAUGACCCAAGCCUCGGUAACCUUCUAGGCGACAAUUGGCAGGACGAUGUACGCCGAAACCGCGAAUUCCUUCGGAAGCAAGAGGCGAAGAGACGACAAGAGGAGGAGGACGCCAUGAUCGCGAGACAACUACAAGAACAAUGGAAUGCUCCAGCACUGUCAUCCAAGCCACAAUCAUCGAAGGCUACUUACCCUUCGCUUCAACAAACACAAGCUACUUUUAACCCAAAUGGUUCUUUCAAGAGAAUCAAAAGCGAAUUGCCCGAUAUCAAGGCCGAACCUCUUGCGAAAGACCCUGCCGCGACUCCCGUCUCUAUAAGCAGUUCCGCCUCUUCCUUCGACGACGAUCUUACUGCCACAUCUCCCUCCGAAUGGCAGAGGCUCAACCCCGAGGCUCCUUCGAGGGUGUUACCAAAUUUUACACAGAGUGCAUUAUCAGCUGGUUCUUCUCGAAAUGCCUCACGUUUCACUAGUCAACCAGGCACCUCGGUGUAUGGUAGUGCCCUCCAGCCUUGUCUCAGCGGCAUCCCAUCCCUGCUGUCUUCGUCCUUGCCUACUAUGGACUCGCUUCGAGGACUUAGCAACUUCCUAGGCUCCCAGAUGCAACCCUUCGAUCUUACACGAAUACUCGGCGACGAUGUUCUGCCACCGAGUUGGGAAACUCCUCUUGACGCUCGUGAGGUCCAGGAAGAGAUCAGGCAAUUAUUGCACAACAUUCGACCCGACGAAGAGAUAGAUAUCUCCGAGGCUGGCGAAAAUCAGCCCGAGGGUCUUAAGGUUCGUCUCAUGCCACACCAGGUCAAAGGUCUUGCAUGGAUGAGGAAAAUGGAAGAAAGCUCGACCAGAGGCGGUAUAUUGGCUGAUGAUAUGGGUCUAGGCAAGACCGUUCAGGCUAUUUCCUUGAUGCUUUCGCGACCACCUCCAGAUGACAGCAGAAAACCCACGCUCAUUGUGACACCCGUCGCUUUGAUGGAUCAAUGGAAACGGGAGAUCAACAAAAUGGUUCGAAGCAGGUAUGGGAUGACCAUCGAGAUUCUGCACGGCAGCGGUGCUCGCAGACCUUGGAGGACUAUCAAACACUACGAUGUAAUAUUGACAAGCUACGGCACCUUGGCCUCAGAAUUCAAGCGGAAGCUCAAAUGGGAAGACAAACUUAGACUUAAUCCCGAUGCCACAAAGACCAAGAAGGAAGAAUGCGCUGUUCUCGACGACGAGUCCAAGUUCCACCGCGUAAUUCUUGAUGAGGCCCAAAACAUCAGGAACAAGAACACGCAGGCUUCUAUUGCCGCUUGCCGCAUACAAUCUACGUAUCGAUGGUGUCUGUCCGGAACUCCUAUGCAGAAUAGCGUGAAUGAUGUUUACUCUCUCAUCAGAUUUUGUCGUAUUCGACCAUACAAUGAAGCCGACCGAUUUAACAAGGACAUCGGCAAUCCGCUCAAGCGGCGCCGAGAAAGAGACCAGGAGCGUGCCAUGGAGAAAUUGCAAGCCCUGUUGAAGGCGAUUCUAUUGCGGCGAACCAAAAAAUCAGAAGUGGAUGGCAAACCCAUAUUGCAGCUGCCAGAAAAGCACACCGUGGAAACAAGGGCUGUUUUCAGCAAGGACCAAUGCGAGUUCUACAAAGCUCUGGAGACUCAGUCAAAGGUCCAGUUCAACAAAUUUGUGAAGACAGGUACUGUGGGCCAGAAUUAUUCCAAAGCGCUGGUACUACUUCUUCGGCUUCGACAAUGCUGCUGUUCACCUCAGCUAGUUACGAACUCGGCGGAUUUUGUGACAGAUAGUGGUGUCGAAGGCACGGACAUAAUAGCCAACGCAAAAGCCCUACCAGCAGCUGUUGUUAACCGCAUCAAAGAGCAAGAGGACAUAGAGUGCCCGAUAUGCAUCGACGCUGUUGAGAAUCCGGUCAUCUUCAACCCUUGUGGUCACGCACUUUGUCACGAUUGCUUUAGUAGAAUGAUCGACAGUGUUCAUGUCGAAAACGCCGAAAACGUCAAGUGUCCUCAUUGCAGAGCUAAGAUCGAUUCGAAGAAGAUCACAGACUACGCGAGCUUCAAGGACGUCUAUAUGGGCACGGACGACUCUAGGCUUACCGAUGCUGAAGGAGAUUUAUCAUCAGAUUCAGACCCGGAAUCGGAUGUGGAUACCGAUGGUAGUGAUAGUGACUCCUUCUGGAAUGGCUCAGAUGAUGGUGAAGAUCUUAAAAACUUUGUUGUUCCCGACGAUGAAGAAGAGGAAGAGGAGGAUGACGACGACGACCUAGAUCGCAUUAAGAAGCCCAAGAAAGCAGCUGUUCCAAAACUUGAGGAAGGAAAAAUUACUGCCAAGAACGUCAAGUCCAAGUCGAAGAAGCACAAGGGUACCAAGAAGAAGUCCAAAGGCAAGAAAAAAGAGAAAGCAGUUUCCUUGGCAGACCUCCGUAAGGAAGGCCUAAAGUCGCGUGCAGCAAAGAAACGCUAUCUCCGACAGCUAGGCAAACUUUACGAGCCAUGCGCAAAAAUUGACAAGACACUGGAGCUGCUCAACGAGAUCCACCAACGUGGUGAAGGCGAGAAGACUAUAGUCUUCAGCAGCUUUACUUCUUUCUUGGAUCUAAUCGAGGUACCCCUAAGUCAAGAAGCCAAUCUAUCGGAUUACACCCGAUACGACGGGUCUAUGACAGCAAACGAUCGCAACGCUGCAGUGCUCAAGUUCACAGAUGAUCCACGCUGCCGAACAAUGCUGGUGUCACUCAAAGCUGGCAAUGCUGGCCUCAACCUUACCAUCGCCAACCACGUGCUUAUCUUGGACCCGUUCUGGAAUCCGUUCGUGGAGUACCAGGCCGCCGAUCGUUGUUACCGCAUUGGACAGCGUAGGGAAGUGACUGUACACCGUGUCCUGAUCGGUGAGGAAGGCGUCGAUCAUGAGGCCAACCCCGAGCACGUCUUCACUGUUGAAGACCGAAUUCUUCAGCUUCAGGAGAAAAAACGACAACUGGUUGAAAAUGCACUGGACGAGAACGCAGCCAGUCAGGUGAGCCGACUUGGUGUUAGAGAGCUUGGCUACCUAUUUGGGGUCAACGAUAUGCCAGCCACUGCUCGAGGCACUCAGUGA